AUGAUUAUCUUUACUGACGUUAUUUCCGGUGACGAAUUAUUAUCUGACGCUUACGACGUCAAGGAAGUCAAUGGUGCUGUUUACGAAGCUGACUGUGAUAUGGUCACUGUUGGUCAAGGUGAUAUUGACAUUGGUGCCAACCCAUCUGCCGAAGAAGGUGAUGAAGCUUUAGAAGAUGGUGCCGAAACUGUUAACAACGUUGUCUACUCCUUCAGAUUACAACAAACUCAAUUCGACAAGAAAUCUUUCACUACUUACAUUAAGGGUUACAUGAAGAGAGUUAAGGCUUACUUAGCUGAAAACAACCCAGAUGCUGUUGAAGCUUUCGAAAAGGGUGCUACUGCUUACGUCAAGAAGGUCUUAGGUUCUUUCAACGACUGGGACUUCUACACUGGUGAAUCUAUGGACCCAGAUGCUAUGGUUGUCUUAUUAAACUACCGUGAAGAUGGUACCACUCCAUUCGUUGCUAUCUGGAAGCAUGGUGUUAAGGAAGAAAAGAUCUAA